AUGUCUAUACGUAGAGAAAUGAAGUGGUUUAUGAAACCAUCUAGAAUGGCAGUUUUGGUUGUUGUUACCAGUAUAAUACUUCUUUCAACUUUAGCUUUGCAACAUCAUCAAACAUCCGCAAUUAUUACACAAGCAAAUGAUUAUAUCAGUGGUCAAAUAUCAGGGAUUACUGACAAAUUUUCCUCUCAAGAGGAAGAAGAACCAAUAGAUGAAUUUGAAGAGGAUGAAAAUGAUAAGGAAAAACUUAACUUACACUUGGUUAAUGAUUUCUGGACAAAAAUUUUCAAAAUAUUUGAUGAAAAUAGAUUCCUGGAAGAUAUCAAACCACUCAUUAAAUAUGUUCCAAAGGCAGAACAAGCUCAAACUGAUGUUAAUUCAAGAAUAAAAUUAUUAUCAAAAGCUCAUGUAUACAAUAAGGAAAAUGUGACAGAAUUACAUAAAACUGUUUUUGAUGCUCUUCCGGAUAAGUUACCAGAAACCGUUUACAAACCAGGAACCAGUGGUAUUGUUACAAUUGGUGGUGAUUUCUAUUCUUGGUUGGCUUAUAUUAACAUCAUGCAUAUACGUAAACUUGGCUCUCAAGUACCUGUGGAAGUGAUAAUGCCAUCGAUUGAAGAUUAUAAACGUGAACGUGAAUUUUGUGAAGUUCUUUUACCUAAAUUGGAUGCGAAAUGUCUUAUUGUACCUGAAAUCAUGGGUAUUAAAGCUUAUAAGAAAUGGGAGUUUAAAAGUUAUCAAUUUAAAAUUCUUGCUAUUGCUUUAAGUUCAUUUCAAAAUGUUUUACUUCUUGAUUCCGAAAACAUGCCAGCUAGAGAUCCUCAAAUUCUUUUUGAUCUGGCAGUUUUCAAUGAUCAUGGUUUGGUUUUGUGGCCAGAUUAUUGGCAAAGAACAAUUCAUCCGGCUUGGUACGAUAUUGUGGGAAGACCUUAUUCUACCACCACUAAAUCCAAGAGUGGUAAAUUCCCAUUGAAAGAGCCAAUCCAAAUAACCCCACAAGAAGAAUUAAAAACAAAAUUUAACGACUUAGAAGGAACUAUUUCUGAUAUGUCGACUGAAUCUGGUCAAGUAUUGAUUAAUAAAGCAACACAUGGGAAGGUUGUUUUAAUGUCAUUAUAUUACAACUUAUUUGGACCGGAAUUGUAUUAUAAAUUAUUCAGUUUAGGUGAAAUGGGUGAAGGUGAUAAAGAUACUUUUAUUACUUCUGCAUUUGUGUGUAAUAAAUCAUGGUAUCAAGUUCAUUCUACAAUUAGAACAUUUGGUUAUCAUUCUGGGGGUUCCUUCCAUGGUAUGGUUAUGGCACAAAAAAACCCACAACAAGAUUAUGAAAAGUAUCAAGAGAACGUUAAAGAAGGAGCUGAAUCUCCAGAAGAUAUCAGUAAAUGGAAUGAUUUAUUCAAUAAAGGAGAUGUUGAAGUGUUUUUCAUGCAUUGUAAUAUCAAGAAAAUCAACCCAGCUUCUUAUUUAAAGGAUGGUGGUAUUUGUGAUAAAGAAAAGAAUAGAAUGAAAGUUAGAUUCUACAGUAAUUUCAAACAUCACGAUAAUGAUGGUAAUGAAGUUGAUUUUGAAUUAUCUAGAUAUGAGAUAGUCAAACAAAUAUUAUGUCUUGACAACACCCGAUUUAGAUUUAUUAAAGAUGCCGAUUUUGCAAAGGUGUGUUCAUUCCUUGACAAUACUAUUGAAUGGUUAAAAACAGACUAA